CCAAAACUUUUCACCCACAGACGAAUGCGUCCAAGCCAUCUCAAGUAAAGACUGCUACCUCCAGGAGUAAUAGAUUUCCAAGGUAGAUAUUACUGGGGAUUCCCAUAUCCAUAAACGUAGCAUUGUAUUUCCAUUCUGCAAUUUUUUAACAGUCUUAAAUUGUCUGUGGAAUAAACUCAAAGGCGCUGGAAAGGUUCGGGCAUUGAGGAUGGACCGAGCCUCAAGCUCCAGCCCAAGCGGCACCAGUCAAACAUCACAACCUGCCCAACAUGAACCCAUCAGCUUCGGCAUUGAUCAGAUUCUUAGCGGUACCGACCAAGACUCACAACAGAACUCUACGCGGAAUAGUUCGGACAACAGCAGCAGCACGAGCGGAGGCAGUUACCAUCUAGGGAGUCCAACGGGAGCGAGCGCAACGCCUUACACAACACUAACCGGCACGUUUCACGGAAUCGCUACUCCGUAUGAGGAGUCCAGUCCAUAUGGAGUGAACUUGACCCUUACACCCGGAGGAGUGAUUAGGGUGCCGGCUCACAGGCCCAUGGCCGCGGCCGUACCUCCACCCAUGGCUAGCGCGGUACCCGGACUUGGGAGCCUCAGUUUUCCCUGGAUAGAGAGCAGUCAGCGAUUCGCGAAAGACAGAUUUGCAGCAGCUCUGACUCCAUUCACUGUGGCUCGCCGCAUCGGCCACCCGUACCAGAACCGCACACCACCGAAGAGGAAGAAGCCCCGCACGUCCUUCUCCCGAGUGCAAAUCUGUGAGUUGGAGAAACGCUUCCACAGACAAAAAUAUCUGGCCAGUGCUGAACGAGCCGCCCUGGCCAAAACACUGAAGAUGACAGACGCCCAAGUCAAAACCUGGUUUCAGAAUCGCAGGACCAAGUGGAGACGCCAGACGGCAGAGGAGAGGGAGGCAGAACGUCAGCAGGCCAAUCGGCUGAUGAUCCAGCUCCAGCACGAUGCCUUUCAUAAGUCCUUGUCCGACUCGGUUCCAUCUGACCCGCUCUGCAUCCACAACUCCUCGCUGUUCGCCCUGCAAAACCUACAGCCUUGGGCCAGCGAGGAGAGCAGCAAGCUUGGCGGAGUGACCGCACUUGUAUGAAUACCAGAAUUAGAAAAGAAUCAAAUUUUUUUGAUGGGCCAGGAUGCUAGUUGACCUUACCACCAUCCAGCUGAAAGACCUUUCAUUCCACAAAACUGUGAGGAACUUACUUUGGCCAACCAACAGCAGACAGGCUCAUAUAAAUAAGAUGGUUCUGCAUCCUAGGAGCAAGGCUGGACGUAUUCACAGAGAUAUGUGUGUGUGUGUGUGUGUGUGUGUGUGUGUGUGUAUGUACAAAGGAUUUUUCCCAUCGGGGUCGGUGGCAAUUAUUCAGCGGAACAGUCCAUGUCCACUGACCCUCCAGCUCUUCACUAGCAUACCGACCGACAGCCGCAUUACAGAUUCAAAGUUCUCCAACAUCCGUUUUUCCUCCCACACCCUUGUUUAGAUUCUCCACCACUCAGCUGUAGAAUUCAGGAGACAAGUGAAGUAACAACUAAUAAAUUAUUUAUCGCCGGAGUUGCACAACCUUACAUGCCCCCAAUCUGGCCAUUUGAGAAACAAACAUAGACAAGACAUGAAAAUCCACAAACAGACACACGCUUUUACAUCAUGGCCUGUCAAAUUUCUCUUUCUUGAAUUAUCAGCUUGGGUAAUACACUGAUAAUCGCCUUUUCAGGGUGCAAGGGCUAACCAGCUAGUUGUUUUAUAAUCCGACAUUCAAACCAUUUGAGUAACAGCAUGUAACGUUCAGAUCUUGCAGGGUUGAAUUUAAUCAAGGCUAUCUAUAAGGUUUGUUCAGCAUCAAUUCCAAACAGCAAACUUUGUCAGGCUGAGGACGAUGCUGGGAUGGGCGUCCGGAGAUGGAUGGAACUCAGUGAGAAAAAAACAACAGGCGUCUGUAAGAUGCCCUUACGACGCAGGUGCGUCGUUGCAUCCUAAACUGUGUAUCAUACUUUGUAUUUGAUAAAUAUGUAAAUAGAAGACAAAAACUAAUAAACAUUCUGUUUUGGCAUUAACGCAAAAUGUGUGUUUCGCUUA